AAUCAAAACUUAUUUUUGGAUAAAGAAAAUUAAAAAUUCGAAUACAGUUACAGAUUUCAAUUUAAGAUGACAAAUGAGUGAAAUGAUUGUUAACGGUGUCAAUGAAUGCCACAGAAUUAUAAAAAGAAGUUUGUCCUAACAUCAACGAUAAUAUGAAGUCUUCAAAGCGAUGGUUCGUGUGGGACGGACUCGGAAUAACUUGUGCUAUGUUUACAUAUUUUCUUAUCGGUUAUGCCGAAUUUGUUGUAGUUGGCGUGAUGCUACUUCCCGAGCUAGCGACUACAACAUGGGGUCUUUUUCAUUCAAUUCUAUUCACAAUACUUGCGAUUUUAGCCGUAGCUGCUCACAUACGAUCCAUGAUUACUGAUCCGGGCACUAUUCCAUUAGGUAAUUGUACAAAAGAAAAUAUUCAAAAGUUAGAUAUGAGAGAAGGGGAAGUUGUGUUCAGAUGUACAAGAUGCGAGUGUAUUAAAACUGACAGAGCUCAUCACUGCAGCACCUGCCAAAGAUGCAUAAGGAAAAUGGACCAUCAUUGUCCAUGGAUAAAUAAUUGCGUAGGAGCAAGUAAUCAGAAAUUCUUCGUGUUAUUCACGUUCUACAUCAUGGUUAUAUCAAUUUAUGCAUUAUAUCUUUCUGUAAGACAGUUUUUUAUGUGUCAACGCCAAGAAUGGGAAGAGUGUACAUAUCUCAAAGUUCCAGCUGCCAUGGUCUGCAUAAUAUUCCUAAUCUUUGAAGGAGUUUUAUUUGGCUUGUUUACGCUUGCUAUGUUCUGUACGCAAGUGUGCUCAAUCUGCAAAGAUGAAACAGGAAUUGAAAAUCUCAAAAAAGAGAAAGUUGAAAAAGAGGAAGACAAAUCACUAUAUGAUAACCUUCAAGAUGUGUUUGGAGGGCAUUUUUCAAUAAAAUGGUUUUCACCAUUUUCUCAUCCAGAGAUGAACAGAAGGAAAUCACCUUUCUCUUAUUAUGAAGUUUAAUUGGCUACUCCAAGUCAGUCCAAAAUCAUAUUUCCAAGACCUGGUUUCAAUUUGAGAACAAUUAACAGAGAACAAAACACCUGCCGAACUCAUAACAAGGGCUUACAUGAUAUUGUCUCUUGUUUAUGUCUCUUGAAAGAUGGUCAGGAAAUGAUCACAUCCAUCCAUGAUGCAUUGGUCAGGCAAAACAAGCUCAUUCUGCAUGUUGAACGAGGGAUAUAGCAAAAUGUUUGCAACCAAGAAAGACUAUAACCUAACCAUGUGAUGCACCAGAUUUUGUAAUGUCUUUGUGAUUUAUUUCUUACA